AAUACUUCAACCAUGUUUAGACAAGUCAUUUCCAGAAGAUUCUCAAUCACCCCAAGAAGAUCAAACUUGGUGUCUGACUUAUACAUUUCCAAUAUCAAGGCUUUCAAGCCAACUCCUUCCUCAGCUAAGGACAUCGACUCGGCCGUUAAGGCUUUCCAAUUACCAGCCAAGCCAACUUUGCCAUCGGAAGAAAUUAGCUCCGACUUGUUGAAGGACUACGAAGCUUCUGAAGUUGAGACUGUUGUUGCUGCUCCAGCCGGUGCCGAACCUGUCGAAGAAGACUGGUUCGUGUUUGAAGAAGUUGCUGAAGGUCACCACUAGACGAUUUGAUGCCUACCGAAGAGUUUGUAACUCGAGAAAAAAUAUACAUAUUCCAUAGAUGCCAAGGCGGGUGCUGGCGAUCUUGCACUGUGUCCCUGAAUCUCAUGUCUCUGAGUCUU